UAAGUAGUACGGCACGCCAAAUAAACAAAUAAAGUAUAAAUUCCGCAUCCCCUGCCAAGUUUUCUAGAAUAACCAUUUAAAUUCCCCGAAUUUUUCAUUCUACGCAAACCCAAGUUGUUGUAUUACGCACUUUUCUUUCCGUCGUCCGUGUUCGUCGAGUUUGCUCCCUUGGCCGCUAGUCUCUAAAAAUCAGUUCUUUGUGUUUCCUGUUCGUACUUAUUUAUCGUUCAGUUGUGUGUAGAUGAAAGUGUUUUUGUAGAAGACAAAUUUCCAAAUUCGAAUUCGUCACGACGAAAAUCGGCGAAUAAGUGUUUCGUUCGUGCUAUCCUCGUUUAGAAUACGGUUUCUGUAAACAAAAAACGUCCCACUGCCACUGGUCUCCAAAAUCAGCUGUGUGUGUGUGUUUGUUGAAGUAUGUGUUCGAACGUGCACUAAUAGUUUCAAAACCUCGUUUCCUUCUGCUUAUUCCUAAUCCUAUAGUGUAUGAAUAGUAGUUAAGUGUGUCUGAGAGUUGCAACGAUGUUAGCGUGUUUUUGUUUGAAUAUCACCAUUGAGACUGCUCCAAAUGACUUUCAGAAGGUUACACCUGAGUCUCUGGGCCUCUCUGAUGAAGAGAAGAGUGACAAAUUCUUUAAACAGGAUUUUCAGAAGAUAGGGAACCUAGUGUGCAUCUCGAAAGUCCAUUCGUGCCUGGUAAAAAAGAGGAAUGUGGGGGCCUGGACCAUUUCUCGAUGCAUAAAUUGUGAUUGCCAUACACAUGCGGUGCAUCGACAGAAGGGGGCCUCGAUGGUUGUAAUCUAUUCAAAGUUAUUGAAUUCUGGAGCGAUAUCUUCCGUCAAGUCAAGCGAUAUUUUUUCCACGAUUUACAACAUCGUCGUCAAUCCCAACGACAUAGGCCUCGAAGACAAAAGUUCAGAUACAUAUAGGUAUUUUCCGCCUCUGGAUGUCGAAUCCUCCCUCAGGUCGAUCCGCGAUAUAAUGACCGAGUUCAUUAGUAAGGAAUCCGUUGCCGUCGAGCAGAGGAUCAAGACCUACACCGACGAGCAGUACGACAUGCUGAAUUACUGGAAAGACAGGGCGUUUAAAGAGCACGAAUCGUUAGUUAGGGUGAUAUGUAGUGCAAUCGAAACUGAACCUGAAAGUACAAAGAAAUCGAGCUACGGCUUUUUCACCCCGACUGCAUCAUCUUCAUCGCGACCUGCUAAACAGACUGAUAUGAAACAAUCUGGCGGUUUUGCCUCUCCCUACGACAGCCCUUCUGCGACCUCUUCCUGGAAGCCCUUAAGACCCGACAAGAGCAGCCCCUCCAAGGGUACCGACUCGGACGAGUUGAUAUUCGAAUUCGAGAGCGACGAAGUGAACUCGGUGCCUAGUACUGACGUAGAUGAAAGCGAUAGAGAGGAUAAAGAGGAGGGAAUAAGUAUACCGAGGUCUACACCGUCGAGGCCAAAUUUGGCCAAAUCCUUACCCAUGAAUAUACCAGCGUUCAUUGCGAAGCCCAGGCAGGGUUCGGGUGAGGAAGUUGAUGAGGCUUCGCCGGUGGGUGAGAACGUGGACAUCGCAGCUAGCAUAAAGGCAUUGGCGAAAAGCGUGCACGGCGAUCCCGUGUUUGGGGACCUGCCGAGACCAAGGUUCAGCACCCAGAUUUAAGGGGUCCGCUCCCAAAUCUUCCAUGAUUCUUCCCUUACUAUACACACCCCACACACACACCUAUUUUUUUAUACUGAAUGGAAUGGCAAAAGGGUUCUCUAAGUUGACGGCUAGUUACAAACACCGAUAAAUAAUUUCUACAGAUAGUCACAUAUUUUAACUAAGUCUAGUUUGAUUCGGUUGUGAGGUCGUUUCGAAGCAUCAGGUGUCACUCGUGUAUCAUUGUGAUUGUAUGUUAAGUUUAAAAAUAAAUGGUUCCUUUAUCAGACAUGUUGAAUUGGACAAAUUCUAUGCAAAAAUCAAGUUUUUAUCGAUGUGUGGCCAGUAGAAGGAAAAACAAUACGACUCAGGUACGAUUUUCUAAAUGUAGAGGCUAAUCCGUUGGAAGUUUGGAGAUUUUAAAAAUUCUUAGGAAAAAUGUGUUUUUGAAAUCGUUAGAUGACAAAUUUCUAAUUACUGCUAAUUUUAUCUUAAGCGUUUUUUUGGUUAUUAACUUUUACGAUAGGAUUACUUGAUCUUUUAAUAUAAUGGGUUCCUUAUUUAUUAAAGAAAAAAAUACUUCCAUUUAGCAAUUACAAUUUUCUAAAGUGUAUAUACUUACAUGAUUAAAUAACCGGUAAAUUUAGGAUGAAAACCUUAGUGACACUGUCAAAAAAAAAUAGGGGCGAUAGGGAUUUUUUGAGAGUGUAGCGAUCUAGUUUUCUCAUCUCGAAGGUUGAUUGGUUGUCGAACUGUAAGUAUUAUAAACAAGGGUAUAAUGGUUACACCUAAUUUCGAUUGUUUUAUAAAUUUGCCAAGGCCAACUCUGCAGAACUGUACUAGACUGCUUCUUUUCUUAAUAAAUGCGUUUCAAGGUGACGGCAGACUUUUGUCCUACCGAAACAAUGUGAUACUUCGUAGUCGAGCAUGGGGUACCUUAACUUUCAAACAUGGUCUCGUUUUUUUAAAACUUUAAAAAAAAUCUUUUAGUCUAUCAAAAUCGUAUUUUAUUAAUUGAAAAAAUUACAUUUUAGUCACUAAAGGUUUUAAAAAUACUUAUUUUUCCAAACUCUGGUUAAUUUUUAAACGGCACAAUUUUGUAUUUUGUUGUAUUGUCUGUGUAGCUGUACUUUAUUUGAAUACAUUUUAUUUGUAGUUUUUAAUCGAUGUUUAAGUUACCUGUGCCAUAGUUCCACGUAUCACCAAAGUAAUUUUUUUUUAAUCGUCCCGUUUAUCCCAGGGCCGAACUAUAUUUUAUUGUUACUAUGAAUUCAUAACAAUGCUGUGCUGAUUUCGUCAAGAUCUAUUCAUUGAUCUGUUUAUUUUAGUUACUUUUUUUACUACUAUUUGUAAGAUAUUUUUUGCCAUUAUUUUUGGAACUUGUUGCUGUACAUAAUACGACUAAAUUUACGAAACACUGAAAUUGUACAAUUAUUGUUUGUAAUUUUUUAGAGUAACGAUGUUCUUUAAGUAUUAAAAGAUGCAAAGUUUA